AUGAGUGACGUUAGAAGGUGUCGUAGAUGCAAGAGAAAGAGACUUGAUGAUGAACCACCGGAAGUACGUCAGUAUAAGACGUGUGCUAAGUGUCGGAUCAUUGAAAGACAGAAAAAGAAGCUGAGAAAGCCAUUGGCGGAGGAAACGAUGAUCUAUGGGAUGAAGCAGUUCCAGCAGCAGAACCAGAAUGCCAAUUUUAUUCACGAUGAUAUAUUCAUGGACGAUGAUGUGUUCAGUGGAGGUGUGCGUAAUAGUGCCAGACGGUACGAGGGCGACGGGGUGGUGAAUCCGCUGCAACAGCAGCUGCAACACCAACAGCAGUUCUACCAGUUCCAGCCCCAACAGACAUCGCACGUUGCAAUGCCUACGGUGUCGCAGGUGCCGGUGGCACCGCUCCACCAGGUACAGCACCAGGUGCAACAGCAACAGGUACAGCAGCAACACCAGGUUCAACAACAACAAGCCCAUAGGGCCCACCAACAGCACAUGCGUAACAUGCCGGUCCAGGUAUCGAUGCCCGAAACAGUUUCCCAGCAACCAAUUAACUGUGAGAUCUGUUCUACCAAGUUGGACCAUAACGAUGAACUCAAUAUGAACUACAGACUCUGCUUGGAGUGCUACUCGAACCCGUUCAGACAGGACAACGUGUAUGGUAAUUACAAUGAGUUUUUGAUGGCCAUCACCACACACAAGUACAAGGAUAUAAAGAACUACAUCUACAUCAAGGAGACCGACAAGACGUUUUCAGAUCACUUGGUAUAUCAAAAUAGACCGAUCAACAGUGAAAGGCUGUACCGGGAGUUUAUUUUAGAGAACAUCCAGAUCAUCUACCUCGACCCUAUAAUUGCAUCUCUCGGGUGCAAAUUCAACAGGGUUUCGUCUAAUGUAUCAGAAACCAACUCUCUCCCACCCGUGUUCAAUCCCGUUAUCAACCAGUACCAAUAUAAAAACACUAAGCCUAUCAGAUCGUACCACAAGUACUACAAGGAAUCGGCAUGUGACGCUAACAUCUACAUGACAUUCGAUUUCUCCACCAACAUCUUGACCAUCAAGUUAAACCAAAAGGUGUUCAACAACUCGAGCAACUACCCUUCGAAAUUUAUCGACUUAGUGCACUCGAUCUUGAAGUCGCUAGCAGCACAGGACUCCAAAUCCAAUGUCGGAUACAACUACCACACAGCCCUUAUAAUAUUCGACGAGUUGAUAAAAAAUAAGUACUCGUAUCCCCCAGAUAUUCAGCAAUUUCUUUCUACCUGCAACAGCUCCGACUUUGCCAGAGACUUCAUCAAUUUCGAAGAAACCACCGAGGUAGAUGCCACUAAGAAGAAGGACCCUCUCCCCACCAAAGAAGACGAAGCAGACCAGCCGGUUCCAGACCAAGUCCACGGCGAUGCUCGCCAAGUCUCCCACGUUACUCACGUUGAUGAAGAAGAAGAGGACGAAGACGAAGAAGAUGAUGUAGAGGAGGAUGAAGAAGACGAAGACGAAGAAGACGAUCGUAUGUCUCAAUCUACUUCCAAUGUUCUUCCAAAAGACCAAUCCCGCGAUCACACGGAUACUCCAAGCGAGACUCCAAUCGUGCCCUCCGAGCCUCAACCACAAAUUAACCCUACAGUUAACUCUGAUUCCGCUCAAAAUGGUCUCUAUCCGAAGCCUACAGGCGAGAAUUUGGAUCCUGCCUUCGGACAAUAG